CGGGGGCUCCUGGGCCGCCCCAGCCGCUUGCCGCCUGUUUUGCACCUCUGGUGCGGGCUCUGGCUCUGGUCGCCGCUGGACGUGGGUUGGUGAAGGUGAGGGUCGCCGCCGGGAAAAGCCCUGUGGGAGGUGAUGUUUCCAUAAAUCAAAGGAGGAGGGACAGCAUGAGCAUGUCAGCUGUCAACUGGAAGCCAUUUGUGUAUGGGGGGCUGGCCUCCAUCACGGCCGAGUGCGGUACAUUUCCAAUUGAUUUAACCAAGACACGGCUCCAGAUUCAAGGCCAGACGAAUGAUGCAAACUUUAAAGAAAUUAGGUAUCGAGGAAUGUUGCACGCAUUAGUGAGGAUAGGCAGAGAAGAAGGGCUGAAAGCCCUGUAUUCGGGGAUUGCUCCUGCAAUGUUACGCCAGGCUUCCUAUGGCACCAUCAAGAUAGGCACGUACCAGAGCUUGAAGCGAUUAUUCGUUGAAUGCCCAGAAGAUGAAACCCUACCGAUGAAUGUCGUGUGUGGAAUUCUGUCUGGAGUCAUAUCCUCAUCCAUUGCUAAUCCAACUGAUGUUCUGAAAAUUCGGAUGCAAGCACAAAACAACACCAUUCAAGGAGGAAUGAUAGGCAACUUCAUUAACAUUUACCAGCAAGAGGGGACAAGAGGACUGUGGAAGGGUGUGUCCCUUACGGCUCAGAGGGCCGCUAUUGUUGUUGGCGUGGAGCUGCCAGUCUAUGACAUCACCAAGAAGCAUCUAAUUCUCUCGGGCCUGAUGGGAGACACUGUCUGUACCCACUUCCUCUCAAGCUUCACCUGUGGUCUGGCGGGGGCCCUGGCCUCCAACCCUGUUGAUGUUGUGAGAACACGUAUGAUGAAUCAGAGAGUCCUUCGGGAUGGCAGCUGCUCUGGCUACACAGGUACCCUGGAUUGCUUGUUACAGGAUCCAGGCUGUGGAGCAGCCUCUAUCUGGAACAUUGCUAAUCUUAUGGAGAGGAAAAAUACAUCAUGGCAAAGCAAACGUCAGCUCUCAAAGCUUCUGUCCAGAAAUGAUACAUGUCACUUCUGUUCACAUUUCAUUUGCUAAGGCACGUCACAUGGGAAAGACUGAAUGGGGCUAGGAAGUAUGAUUCUUCCAUAAGGAAGGAUCCAGAAUAUUUGGCAAAUGGUGAUAGAAUGUGCCACCCAGGCAAUCUGCUGUUAUUGUUCCAUUUAACUUGCUUAUUUGGCCUGUGCAAAAAGUAAACAGGUCUUAGAGAACGAGAUCCAUUUAGAGAGUAUAGUAAAUUUAAUCAAUUGCUGCUACUGUUCCAAAUGUACUAUCCUUACUGGAGAAAAUCAACAUGGCUCUUGGCAUUUGGGAAGUAGCUAUUAAUCUAGAAAAUGCUUUUUCGGUUUAUAUUAGUUAGCAGGUGCUUCUGGAAGCUACUUUCAUGUAGCAGGAACAGCAGUACAUCCAUUAUGAACUAGUCCAUUGUGUGGCUAACAUGUUGAGUGUUGUCAGCAAGUGGAAGUGGUAUGGUGUAUACAGUAUCAAGCUCAAGCAGUUCUGAAGGCAUGAGCAGGUGGCUCCUCCAUGGCAUGUAGUUCUGCUGCAUUGUUACCUGUCCCUCAGAUCCCACCUAUGGCAUCAUGGGGAUUUCUUUAUGGCCAGUUGACAGAGGAAGAAAAAUCUGAGGCCUGAGUUAUAGAUGGUUCUGAACAAUAAUAUGUUCCCCAGAUAGAAAUGGACUGCUGCAGUGUGAGAGACCCAUCAGGAGUGCCACUGAAAAAUGGUUGGGAAAGAAAAUGCUCCAAGUGUUUAGAACUUCGAACAGUACACAUGUACUGCCAGGACUGGAAGCCUUGAAAUCCAUGAUCAAGAACAAAGUGGUUAACCUCCGUUUGCCUCCAGAUCCUCGACGUCUUUGUCCCGCUCUGUGCUUUUGGAUGCUGGCUGCUUGGAUGUGGACUGCAUUACCCAGGUUGCUUACUCUCUGGUUUCCAGUUGGGAUUAGCCAAUGAAAACCACCAGCAGGAAAUUGGAGGGGUAGAGGAGGAUGUUUUUUCAUGCUCUCCGUUUACUACUGUGUCUGGGGCAACAGCUGUGCCCCUUUCUGAUCACAUUUCCUGCCAAAUGGCCCCUUCUCCAUAGUUACAACUUUCACUGGGCUCUGGUAACACUAUUUCCUAAAUUUGCCUCUUCAGCCCUACGGGUGGAAUGCUUUCCCACCAUUGCUAGUCUCUGGGUGCCUCAACAUUCGUUAUUGGUCUCAUUUAGCUCUGCCCAUACCUCUGUGAUUAUUUCUUUCAUUAAAGUCUAUUUGAACCA